AUGAUGGAACAUGUUCGUGUUGUCUCGGAGUUCUUUAAUUUUUCUCCGAAGCGUUUUGAUUUGUUGGUCAAGACCAUCCACGAAAUGCUUCCUACAGCGAAUCAUAAACGGCUGAUAAAUGUUUGCAAAACAAGAUGGGUGGCCAGAAUCGAUGGUUUAUGUGUUUUUAUCGAGGUUUUCCCUGCAAUUAUUAGAUGCUUGGAAAUCAUUCGUGACAAUGUCGGCGACAAUUGGAAUCCAGAUUCUGUCCGAAAAGCUGUUUCUUUAUAUUCAGCAACCGUGUCCUUUCCAUUCAUUGUCGCGUUAGUUGUGGUUUCAAAAUGUCUUCUGGUGACUCAACCGCUCACGGUUCAACUGCAGGAAUCCGCUAUUGAUGCUGGAGCAGCUAGAGAAAAAGUAUCCGCUCUUUACGUUCAUCUAGAGAAAAUGAGAAAUGACGUGGACGCAGAACACGACUCGUGGUACAAAGAAGCUGAAUCCAUGGGAACCAGUGUUGGAACUCAACCAGAUCAGCCAAGAACGACAGGGAGGCAACAACACCGCGCUAACACACCAGCUGAUACACCGUCACAAUAUUACCGUAGAGUAAUUAGUGUGCCCUUUUUGGAUCAUCUUAAAUCGGAAAUCCAAACACGAUUCUCGGAGACAAACCUUGACCUUAUGGAUGCAGUGUAUGGUUUGCCAAAAAAUGUUCUUAUCUACCCUGACUGGAAAACCAAAUUUUCUAAGUUCCUCAACAUGUAUAUGGACGACUUGCCUUACCCUCGCUUUCUCGACACUGAAUUGGAAAUGUGGGCUGAACGUUGCCAAAUGGAAAAGGGUCCUCUGCCUUCUAAACUGGCUGAUGUUUUACCGUUUGUCGACAAAAUAAGUUUUCCCAAUAUAUUCACCGCUUUUCAAAUUUUUGCAACAAUUCCUGUUACCACUUGCACCUGCGAAAGGUCCAUUUCCGUUUUACGCCGAUUGAAGACUUAUCUUCGCAGCACCAUGUCAGAAUCCAGAUUAAAAGGCCUAGCCUUGUUAAAUGUCCAUCGCAAAAUUCAUCUGGAUACUGAAGAGAUAAUUGAUCAAUUUGCCCAGAAACCCAAGAAGAAUGAUGCUUAA